AUGCAAAGCCCGGAGAUACGACGGGAACGGGUAUCAACAGACGGGUCUCAUGUGUCAUGGAAACAUGGAAAUUUGCUAUCAAACAGUUUACAAGGACAAAGUUUUUUAGGGUCUGGAGGAAAUUCAAUGGAUACAGAUGAGGGGUUAGGGUGUGAAGAAUAUCUAUGCCCAAGACUUGAGAUUUCUUUUUGUAAGGAUUUUAAUUGUUGUGGUGUCGUACUGCGUGAUCUUCACGAUCUAUGUCGGCAUUAUGAAGAAGCACAUGUACGAUUAGAAGAAGGGUUAUUUGUUUCAUCGGGAGUACGGUUUGCAAAUUCAGCAUUUGCGUGUCGUACAGAAUGGGAUGGUAAGCCUAGGUUGGAUAUGUACGAGUCGUUAAAUGGGGAUAUGGAUUUGGAUCAGGAAUUUGCUUUUGAUCAUCUUUUUCAGUCUUUAUCGGAUUCUGAUAGGCAAGGGCAAAGUUUGGCCCCGUUGUCUGUAUCUACUCGGGAUUUUUUACUUUCCUCAUCGAAUAUUUCGACCCCAUCUUCAUCAAUGCCCUCAACGCCUACAUUUGAUUCUUCACAAGAAUUUCUUGUAUUAGAUAUGGAUGAUACAGAGACGGUUGUUUUGAAUGGUUCAUCUUUGUUGGCGGAAGAAUGGGUAAAACAGCAGAUGGUAAAGAAACAGUGCCAGCAUGGUGUAUCUCUUUCGGAUACAGAGUCUCGAGGUACAAUUGAUUCUCCUGGGUCUAAUUUCGUUGUUGUUGAUAAGCCGUAUAAAUGUCCCGUAAUGGGUUGUGAUAAGGCUUAUAAAAAUCAAAAUGGUUUAAAAUAUCAUAAACUUCAUGGGCAUUGCACUGCAUCUGUAAUGCUUCAAGAUACUACAAUUCCUGCUUCGUUUUCAGAUGAAAUCGUGGCUUCAAGUCCUAAAGGAAAUCCUGUUCUUGAAAAUAAGCCGUAUAAAUGUGAAUUAUGUAAUAAAAGAUACAAAAAUCUUAAUGGGUUAAAAUAUCAUAAGGCUCAUUCGCAUCAGCAAAUUAGUAUGGCACAAGUUCAGAGAGAGGUUUUAAUGCAAGGUUGGUAGUUAUGAGGGGUUUUGUUGUAGGU